UCUUAAAACCUAAUCGUCUCUCGCGCUAAAACCCAAAGCCGGCGUAGUUCGUCGGAAAUAUCUGAUCCCGGACAAUCUCGCCUUUAAACUGUAAAUUUCGAAUUUUGGUGUUUCCUCAUAAUCAUAUCCCUCUGAUUUCAUGGUUUUCGAUUCGCAAUCGAUUUUAAAUUCUUCACUUUAUCGCGUUUGAUUUCCUCCUCUGUAAACCCUACUGUGGUUUUUUACCCGUUCCAGGCGUGUUUCGAUUCACCUAUUCGAUGUCACUCGUCCGUUGUUUAUCCCUCAGGUCGGUGCUUAACAUUCACCGUUACCGAUCCUCUUACGCAUGUCUCGUCCCUCUCCAGACUCGUCGCGAAGAAGAAAAAGUCGUUACACGCCAAAUCCGAGAAACGCGAAUUUAUCACAGUUUCAUUCACCACCGAAAUUCUUUAAUCGGCGGCUGCUCGGGUUUCUCUCCGGCAAUUGUGUCAAAUCGAACCAUUUCGACCUUCAAUUUCCCUGGUUCGACUGGCACUGUGGAAACCCUCGCCGAUUGGGUUUUGAAAUCUGCGGUUUCUAAUGUCUAUGCGAUACACAAUGUUGCUGAUGCUCUUGCUUCACUUCAACACUUGAUUGCUUUGUUCCACUCUUUCACGUAUUCUCAGUGGUGGGUAUGUAUUAUCGUCACGUCGCUUUUGAUUCGAGGAGUGACGAUUCCGGUUAUGAUUGAUUGGCUAAACAUCAUGACAAAGUUUUUCAAGAGUCUUGGCUCGCACCCUGCUUCAGCGCAAGGAGAUGUUCUAGACAUGGUAUCACUUCUCAGUAAAAGUCGAAGCGUAAUGUACACUAUGUUGGAAAAGGAAUUUCUUGGAGUGAAAGGAUCAGUCAUUGGUAAGGGAAUUGGUGUUCCGGUCUUCUGGCUCUCAAUGGAAGAGUUAAGACAAAACAUCGCUGGGAUUCUUGUGUCCUGUCUUCGUGGUAAGACGUUUUCAGCAGAGCUAAUCAGGAACGGAGUCUUAAGCAAAGGACGGUUAGUGGUGGUUGUUGGUGAUGGAUUCGGCCUCGAAAUCCAAAUGUUCGAUCUUGAUUUCUCUCUUAUCCUCAAACGUGGUCAAGUCCAGAAACAGGAUUACAAUUACCCUCAGUAUCUACUGGAGUAGCAGUAAUGAAUGCGAUUUUCGCAUAAAGCUAUGAUACGUAAGUUCGAAUUUCAUUUCAAUAGUUUAGUAUUUUUCUUUUUGUUGCAAGAGAUUUCGUAACUCAUUGCUCUUUCUAGCCUGCGCAAAGUGUGAAUAAAGCUUGUUUGAACU